AUGUCAGAAGGCAUUUGCAACAAACUGGCGCUCAUCUACGACCCCGAAAUCGUCCUCAAUAUGCAGUCGGCAAAUGGCGAAAUCGACCGAUCCUUGGGACUUGCACGCAACGUCCCAUUCCUCAUCAGUGACAUCACCUUGUACCUCCAAGUCCACAUCAUUCAGAACCCAGCCUACGACGUUCUCCUCGGUCAGCCCUUUGACAUCCUCACCGAAAGUAUCGUCAAGAAUUAUUCAAACGAAGACCAGACAAUCACCAUCAGUGACCUGAACACGGGACAACAAGCCACCAUUCCAACGAUCAGACAAGGACCCCCUCAAGUCCUUCACCAAAGACAAGCAGGUUUUUGCGAUUUGAUGAAUUGA